AGAGUUUUGCUGCUGGGAAUCAGGCUCCAAAGGACACUGAAAAGCCUAUAAAUGCAACUCUUACAUCGGUAAGACACUGCAACUUGAAACUGGGGCUUUGAUCCAUGCCAAGCUGAGCAUUUUUUACUCAAGGACCAGUCUUCUGUAGUAGACACUUUUCCUUUAUAUUUUUGGGAAUAUCUGUUGAGUGGACAAUGACUUCCAGAAGACCAAUGACCCGUUCUUACUCUGGCAAUGGGAGGUCCGGCGGCAGCCACAAUGAGGAGGAGGUCAGCUCUUCGAAUGGCCGCUUGGAGAGCUGCAACUACCUCUCCAAUGUCAGGCCCGGAAACAGGAGUACAUUGUUCGGUGUGAUGGCUCAGCUGACUGAGGACACCCAGCCUGUAUUUGAGACCACCUUAAAAUCCAAGGCCGUGUCAGAGAACUGUAAUGUGAAGUUGACAUGUGUGGUUACAGGAAACCCAGCCCCAGAACUGACGUGGUACAGAGACGACAUGGAGUUGGACCGAUACUGCGGUCUUCCAAAAUAUGAAAUUGGCCGCAAUGGAAAAACACACACACUCCAAAUUUACAACUGCACAGUGGAUGAUGCAGCCAUCUAUCAGGCUUCAGCCAGGAACAGCAAAGGCAUUGUCUCCUGCUCUGGGGUUCUGGAGGUGGGCACCAUGAGCGAGUUCAAGAUCCACCAGAGGUUCUUUGGCAAGCUGAAAGAGAAGGCGGAGAACAAGAAGAGGGAGUUGGAAGAGAGCAGGAGAAGGGGAAAUGAGAAUGUCCAGAAGGAUCCUCAGGAACAGAAGCCUCUACAGAACAGCCCGAUCGCCCCUCAGAGGAAGCGCCGGACCCCAAGUGCCCUCUCUUCACCACCGAAUGGGGAGGAGAACACAGUCAGCCAGGGGGCAGUGGCUGUAGAACCUAAUGGGGCCAGUGCUGAAGUCAGUGAACCGGCCCCAGUGACGACUACAGAGAAUGGGAGCAAGACUCCCAACAAUGACUUUGACAAUGUGGAGAUUGUCACCACCAAGCCCCCAACCACAGAAAUGUUUGCCAAAAAAAAGAUGAAGAUCUCAAAUGGUAUAGAUUCUGGGGUUGUUAGCAGUAACAGUAGUCAUACAGGACCAGGCACCAGUGAAAAUGCAUAUGAUGGAGGAAUAAGUUUGGCUCAAUUUCUGUCAGAGACCCUUCAUUCACAGACUGCUGAAGAAAAGAAGAUCCCUGCACGAGUGGAGGAAACUGUGGCAAUGGAGGCAAUGGAUACUACUACUACAGAUCCUAAAACAAAUGCAGAAAAACAGAAAGAAAGAGAGGAGAAGGGGAGAGAGAGGGCAGAAAGAGGAAGGGCGGAGAGAGAGAGGAUGCUUGGAGAAGAACAGGAAAGAGAGAAAAUGUCAAUUGAGAGAGCAAGAGAGGCAGAGCAGUUGCAAAGGACAACAGGACAUAACAACACUGCCUCAGAGGUCAGAAUGGAGGCUAAGACGCAUGUCCAUAAGGAGGGAGAUCCUCAAGAUUACCACCACAUUCAGGAAACACUUUCCAAUGUGCUCCACUCAGUCAAAUACUUUUUCUUUGGUAAGAGUAAGAAGGAUUAUGCUUCUUCUGAUCAUCAUGUGAAAGGUCAGGAGAAGGACAGAGGUCAUCCAGUUGCCCCAACACAGCCGUACCCUAGCCCUCCCCAUCCACAGGAGCCAGAUGGUCACCCAGAGGUGUAUAAACCCCCCACAGAGGAGACAGUGCCCAUGGCGGUAGUAGCACCAAAAACUAACGUACCACACAAGCAGCUAGCGUCAUUUGAGAGGUUGAACCCAGCUGAACACAAGCAUGGAUUUACUGUUUCACACUCAGAAGAACCCCCGCCAGCUCCCAGAAGAGCACCAGAGAGUGUGCCUGAUUCACUGGAGCAUGUUGAGCAGAAGGAGGUAUGUCCGGAGGUGAUGAUCAGCAGCAGUACAGAGACAGUGCCCUCAUCUGGCCCUCCAGCCCUCAGUGAGGCAACUGUGGACCAGACCCAGGCAGACCCUGUCCCCCAUGUGAUUGUCUCAGCCCCACAUGAGCCAAACAUCCAAGUGUUUUCUUCCGGGACUGAUCAGGUGACAAGACAUGAUGCCAAAACUGAAGAUUUACACAAACAGGGUCCAUCUGACACUCCAUGGAGCCCAGACCCCAGCAGUGGAGCAAGUUCCCAUAUGUCAAACCGCACUAGUGUGGGUGAAAGCGGGAGUGCUCCUAACAAUAAUGUCUCACCCACAGUCAACCUCGGCCUGAUGACAGUAACCACAGAAAGUGAGAAAGAGAAGGUAAUGCAUGUGGAUGAGAAGGGCAUUGGAAGUGUCUAUGAGACACAAAAUAAAUGUUCUUGUGCUUUUGAGGAGAAAGGAGAGAAAGGUGAUGUCAAAGCAGAGAAUCAACCAUGUCCCACUUUAAAUGUGAGUGUUUUAGAGGAGAGGAGAGAGAAGAUAAAUAACAAGGAGAUUCAUUUCAAUAGUUUGCUCCCAGAGAGUUCAGAGAAUGAUGGUCAAAAUACACCAGAAGAAUGCCCUCCUGUGGCAGGGGGGGACCAAUAUCUCAACAUAAAAGAUAAUUCUACCUUGGCUUUGGAGGAAAGUCUUGAAAGUGCCUUAAAAGUGGAAUAUACUCCUGCUUUGGAGAAAAGUUUUGUGGACAGUUCAUUUGGCAACCUGAAGAUACAAGAACAGGUGGCACCUAUUAUGCAGAAAAUGUCUGAGCAAAAGGAUGUGAACUUAGAGAGAAACGAAGUGCCGACCCGCACUUUUGAGAGACAUGAUGAAACAGAAGAAAAAGUGGCUGAAAUAAAGGUGGAAGUGCUGGGUGAAUCUAAGAUCCAUUCAGAGACCCAGCCUGUGAAAGGCUCUGUCAUUGUGUCCCCUGUGCCACCAGUGUCAGCAUCAGUUACCAGCCCAGAGGCUAAUUCCACUCAUCUGGGUGGAUACUUUGGAAAUGUACCACAGAUUAGAAUGGUAGAUUCUGCUCUUAGAAUCCCAGAAAUCAAAAUAAUUGUGCCAGAACAACAGAUAAAAGAAGAGCAAAUGAUUAUACCAAAUAUAGAGAUUAUGGAAGCAGAAGUCAAAGAGCCUACACAGCCAUUGAUACCUAUUACACCCAAUGAACCUUCAUCAGAGACAGACAUUUUCCAAAAGGAUGUUGCAAAUGAUGUGUCAGGCAUAAUGAUAGCAGAAAACAGCUCAGCUUUUACCCCAGUGGUUAUAGAUGUGACACCCACUCAAGAAAGUAUGUGGAAUGAUGAAAUCAUCCGACCAACAGAGAAAUUGCAGGAAGUUCCACAACCAGUUGAAGAGGCAAAAACACCUACGGCAGAGCAGUCAUCUAACAUAAAGAAUGAGUGGCUCACAAAGACGUUAAUUCCUGCAAUAAAUGUUUCCUAUACUGAUGACAGUAAACUCAGGAAAAUAGAUCAUGAAUAUCCACAUGUCAAGCCCCACGUCUUAGAUAGAGGAAAGCCAAUGGAAGCACCCAGUGUGCCUCUGCGUGUGGUCCCUCCUAUUUCUGAAAGCAAGGAGCUUCCUAAAAAUGAGAAUAAAGAAUCAGAAUCAUUGGCGGAUAUGCUCAGGGGGGUCAAGAGUGAUUUUGAAAAUGUUACUUCCUAUGAGUCUGACAAAUCCCAUAGUGAGCCACAGAAACAGACUAUAGAAACAAAGGAACAGAGUAUGAUACACAACAUCCCCUCUGUGUCAUAUAAAGCCUUAAUGCCAACAGAAGUAACAACAAUGCAAAAAGCUGGGGACAUCAGUUUUACUGAAACUGAAAAAGUAAAACCACUCAAAGAGUCAAGGAUAGAGUCUUACAUCAUUGGCGAUGAACCAAGAGAAAGAAACCCUAUUGAAAGGCUUGCUGUCAAACCCCCAACACCCCCCAGGAGUCCCAGCAGUCUCCGCAGGCUCACGUCAAGGACUCCCCCUGCCAUUACUGUGGAUGACCCUCUUAACAGUGAGAAGGCAGUAUCGGAGCAGAGUGUUGGAGACACCACAACGUCCUCCCUGUCCUGUGAGAGCAGCCCCAGGCUGAAAAGAAGGGACAGUCUGACCCUCAUCCGCUCUGCCACGCCCGAAGAGCUGGCCUCUGGAGCUCGCCGCAAGAUCUUCAUCCCCAGGGAGGGAGAAGGGGUUGGGGUAGUGGUGGCACUGGGUGUGGGUGGUAGUCCGCUGGACACCCAGGUCAAGAAGGAGGCUCCAUAUAUGUCACCCAGUCAGGCUCGCAGGGCAGCAUUCCUGCAGACCCCAGCAGGCUCACAGACCCCACCGCUGGAGAGACGGUCCCCUCUUUUGAGCCGUAGGAAGGCCACCUUGGAGGUGCCCAAAGUUGUGGAAGAGAUCAGCACUGAGGAGCCAGAGAGCCCCAAGACUGAGGUCAAACCUCCUGAGAAGGAGAAGCAGAACCCCUUCAAAGCUCCUCAGGUUAUCCGUAAGAUCAGGGGAGAGCCUUUCCCAGAUGCCUCAGGACACUUGAAGCUCUGGUGCCAGUUCUUCAACGUGCUCAGUGACUCCACCAUCAAGUGGUACAGGGACGAGGAAGAGAUAGUAGAGGUGAAAAGAAGUGGAGGAGAUGAAAGCCAAGUGGCGCUGGCUAUCGUCCAGACAUCCAGUCGAGAUUGUGGAGUGUAUUGCUGCUCAAUCAAGAAUGAAUUUGGGACAGAUUCCACUGACUUCCUUCUCAGUGUAGACCUACUUUCAGAGUACUUCCUGCGGGAGGAUUUAGAAGUUGGAGAAGAGAUGGAAAUGACUCCAAUGCUAUUCACCAAAGGCCUAGCAGACCCGGGCUACUGGGGGGAGAAGUUCUUUGGGCGCAUCAUGACACAGGAGGCCCACCUGGGAGAGGGCUGUGCACAUAAGGCCUGCAGGGUGAAGGUUAUCUAUGGCCUAGACCCUGUGUUUGAGUCCGGAACCACCUGUAUCAUUAAAUUACAAAGCCCCAUCGCCUAUGGGACCAAACAGGAGAGCAACCUUGCAGAGAAAAACAUGGAAAUGACUAAGCAAGAGUGCAAAAUCCAAAACACAGUUCGAGAGUAUUGCAAAAUCUUUGCAGCUGAGGCGAGGGUGAUUGAAAACUUUGGCUUUUCACUGGAAGUGAGCCCUCUCUAUCUGGUGUACCGCCCUGCCAACUCUGUCCCUUACGCCACUGUGGAGGCUGACCUGAAGGGCAUCUUCCUUAAGUACUGUAUGAUGGAUGCCAAAGGCAGGCUGAUCACCAGAGCCACCUCAGAGGUGGAAAUGAAAUGCUGCUCCUUCCAGCAUUGGAUCCACCAAUGGACAAACGGCAACUUACUGGUUACUGGGCUGGAGGGUGUUGGACCGAAGAUCACUAAAGUUAGAAUCGUCACGAAAUCAAAGGGGUAUCAAGGCCUUACAGAUGAUGGUUAUCCUAAGGUGUUUGAGCAGUUCCUGACCCAGCAUCAGUGUAACUACUACUGUGGGCUCCUCAGCCUGAGAACUCUGAAGCCCAUGGACACCCUGCAGCAGCCCCCCAAGAUCAAAGGCUCCCGGAGCCCCUUGCUCGGCAGGAAGUUAGGCUCGUCCAGCCCUCAGCACAACAGGAAGUUGGGCUCAUCCAGCCCCCAGCUGCAGAGAAGAGGACUGAACAGCCCCUUGACAACCAGAAAGGCCACCUCCAGCCCAAAGGUGCCUAGAAAGACUAGGGAGACAGAAGACAACCAAUCCACAGCCAAACCCAAGGCGGAGGAGAGUAUCAAAGUUGUGGUAUGAGGUAGCAACGUCCAAAGUUUGAUACAUAUCAAAGCAGUUUCCCUUUUCUUUCACGCCAACGUUCAGCUUUUUUAUGUUUUCCUGUCACCCAUUGCUGUAUUUAGUUGGGUUGAAGCAAGGACGACCAGCAUGGCCUUGAACAAAAUGUUACAGAGCUUGUGCCUGAAAAGUCUUCAUCCAAGAAGGAGAGACAAACAGGGAGAUGAGUUCAAAUCUAGGGAAUAGGUCACCCUAGGGGAUAUUUAUAUAACAUUACUGUGAAUUUCUCAAUAACCAUCAGUAGUAGUAAGAUACUCCCCAUUCUCCAGCUUUGUGCUGAAAUGGUUUAAGUGAGUGGAGGAGGUACAGUACCUUUAAGAAAACUUCCAGCACUAAGGAAAUGGGACACAGUUUUCUCUCACAUCCAGUACAGUCUUUUUCAAAAGAAGAGACUUGUGAAGUGGUUGAAACAAUGGUGCUGGAUACAAAGCCGUGGCCGUAAGCAGAGCUCUAAUAGCUUGAUGCAGAUGCAAGGGUAGUGAAGUGCACCAACUGCAUUGUACAUCUGGGAUGUAUAAGUCUUGGUCAUUGAAAUUGUUUUUGUUGAACAGUAAUUGGAUCUUGUUACUGUUGGUCGUAUAGCAUGCUCUACUUGUUUCUAUUAUGGCAGUAUUAUGUCCUUAAACUACGCAUUACAGUCUUCCGAACACUGAGCAAAGACAACACUACUCUUGCCUCUUCACUGGAAAUAUGUUUUUGUGCACUUUUUUUGCCAAAUGUUUUCUUGCCUUUUGAAAACUGCCAGGUUUUAGUAGUUCAGUUCAUUUUUGUUGAACUUUGUUCAAAUCCUGUAAUCUGUUCAUUGUAAAUGAACAUGUUCACAUGCUUAACUCUGAACAGUACAGUAGACCGAUCCCCUUAACCUGGUUCUUUAAAGGAAUAGUACAGUACACCGAUCCCCUUAACCUGGUUCUUUAAAGGAAUAGUACAGUACACCGAUCCCCUUAACCUGGUUCUUUAAAGGAAUAGUACAGUAGACCGAUCCCCUUAACCUGGUUCUUUAAAGGAAUAGUACAGUAGACCGAACCCCUUAACCUGGUUCUUUAAAGGAAUAGUACAGUAGACCUAUCUCCUUAACCUGGUUCUUUAAAGGAAUAGUACAGUACACAGAUCCCCUUAACCUGGUUCUUUAAAGGAAUAGUACAGUAGACCGAUCCCCUUAACCUGGUUCUUUAAAGGAAUAGUACAGUAGACCUAUCUCCUUAACCUGGUUCUUUAAAGGAAUAGUACAGUACACAGAUCCCCUUAACCUGGUUCUUUAAAGGAAUUGUACAGUACACCGAUCCCCUUAACCUGGUUCUUCAAAGGAAUAGUACAGUAGACCGAUCCCCUUAACCUGGUUCUUCAAAGGAACAGUACAGUACACUGAUCCCCUUAACCUGGUUCUUUAAAGAAUUAGUACAGUAGACCGAUCCCCUUAACCUGGUUCUUCAAAGGAACAGUACAGUACACCGAUCCCCUUAACCUGGUUCUUCAAAGGAUUGACUCUUUCACUGACCUUGAGUGUUGAAGAGCAAUAAAGGGAUUACUGAAAUAAACGCUUUAACUUUGGAAUGCACAUGUUUGGUGCCAUUUAAAUGGGUCAACUCACAAAGUAAAAGAAUAAGAGCUAUAAUAUCAGAACCAUGUACAAACUGCUUUGGACCUGUCCCAUGAUCACAGUAAAGCAGUAGCUUACCUCCAGCUGACUUUUGUGAUUGAAAAUGAUAUGCAUUCUCAACAUUCACACUUCUGGGGGAGGGGUGGGAUGGGGAUAUUGUCACUAGUUUUGAAGCGUACAGUAUGUGAAUGUGUGUGUGAGUGUGUGAGUGAGUGAGAGCGUGCAAGAGGGAUUAAGAGUGUUUGAUAUGUUGGCAGAAUGCUAAUGAAAUUAAUGUCCCUGACACUGUAAUAUCUGGUAUGUUAUGUUGUGAUUUUGUACAUACAAUUCAUGUCAAACGUUCAUAUUCAUAUUUUCACAUACUGUUUAUUUAGAUACAAUGCAUAAUUUGAUUUACUGAUUUACUCAAUGCAAAUAAUCCACUCUUACAACUUCCAAUCCUUAUUUAGCACAUUUCAGCAUUUCUUUGCAAUGAUUUCCAAUAUAUCUGUUCUCUGACUCUUUGAAUGAAAGAGUGAAUCUUAAGAACUAAAUAACUAUAUUUAUCAUAAAUAAAAUUGUAAAAACCCGUUAAAGGAUUUGUUUUAUCUGUACAAGCUUUAUCUUCAUUUUGUAAUCUCUGGAUGGAGUUUAAUCUACAUUACUUAUAGUAUAAAUAUAUACAAUCAAAUGUGAAAAAAAGUUAUGAAACAUAAUAUAUACUGAAAAUAUAUACUGAAAAUACAAAGAGCUGAUCUACUCACUGGUAAUUAACACAUAAAAUGACUUACAGGAAGACCUAGUUACAAACUGCAUAAUCAAAGAGAUCACAGCAGUUCGUAAAGUACAAAGUGGCGUUGGUCACCGUGCUCCAGGAGCCCUCAAAUGAGAUGGUCCCAUUGUUCACAGUGCUGCAACAAAGUAUUAGGUUAGAUUUGGAGAAUGAUCUGGAGAGAAACAUGUUAUAUCCAGCUCCUAACCCCUCUUCCACUGUUGUACUUGUUCAAACCUACCUUCCAAAGAGAUCAGUACAGCAGUUUUUUAGGUCUAUAUUUGUGGUGUUGAAAAAGGACGUCCUGAAAACAUCCAAACAGUCAAGAGGAGGAACAAAGAGAAUACCUGGAGAGGUCACAAAGAAACAAAGUAAACAUGAUGCUCCUGCACUCUUGCACAUACUAAUCUAAAAAUAAACGUGUGAGAUGACACAUCCAGGAGAGGGAAGAUGAUGAGGAAACUGAUAUUAAGAACAGUUUUGAAGUGAAAAUAAGCACAGACCUGCAAUACAGGCAUUAAUCAGAGACACACAGGUCCCAGUGAACAGGGCUCUCAAUACCAAAGAGGAGAUGUCGGCUCUUCUGGAUGGGCAUAUGGAGGCUAUAAAGUAACAUCACAAAAUACAGAAAUUGUUAAAAAUAUAUUCUGAUGGAUGGCAACACAUGGAGAAAGAUAAGGUGGUACAAAGUGUGGAAUCUUAUACUCACAAAGGCCUCCAAUUACGAUCCCCAGUGAGCUGAAAUUGGCAAAUCCGCACAGAGCAAAAGUGGAGAUGAUCUCUGAUCUGACCUGUAAAUGGAGAAACUCAGUACAUUAGAAGAUUGUGCUACAACUGUAAUGUGAUUAUCUCACCUAGCUAUCUUUAUUUUAUUUGAAUGAACCUUUAUUUAACUAGGAAAGUCAAUUAAGAAAAAAUACAUAUAUUUACAAUGAAGGCCUACCCCAGCCAAACCCUAACACAGACGAUGACGG